GGACCUACAAGAACAUAACACUCGCCGCACACUCACUAGGAACACGCUCGCGUAAAUUCUUCUUUGCCUCGUUUCCUAAUUCCACAGAUUCUUCAUCUUCAUCAUCAUUGUUUUGUACAAAAACUUACCACUGACAUAACAAUGGCGGUUCUGGAUGUCCUUUUCGGAAUAGCCAAUGUCACAUUCUUCUACACAAUCUUAAUAUGGGUUUUGGUUGAUAGUUUGAGACAGAGCAAGCUUAACAACAACAUUGUAUAUUCCAAACAAUGGCCAACAUUUUUCACCACCGUAACUGUUCUCUUUAAUGUUGUUAUUUCCCUCUUGAACAUGGCUUUUGUGUUUCAUGAAUACACAACUCAGAAAACCAUAGGGUAUAACUCAUUUUCCUUAGCUCUAACAUGGGUUUUGGCCACAGUGGUUUCAUUUUACUCAAUGAGGACUACACUCAGGGAGAACAAUAAAAGGUUCCCUCUUGUUCUAAUUCUUUGGUGGUUUUUCACCACUCUGACAGAGAUUUUCUUAGUGUGUUUGGAGCUAGUGAGAAAUGUUGAAUCUGUUAAUUGGUGGGUUUUCUUGUCAGAGGAGAACAUAGUUGGUACUGUUUCUUUGCCUAUGUUGUUACUUCUCUGUUGCAAUGUGUUUUGUGGAAGGGAAAAAAGUGAUGUGGAAGAGCAAUUGCUUCAGAAAGAGGUGGAAUCUUCAAUGGAAAUGAAUGAACAAGAGGCUUUUACAGAGGCUAGUACAUGGAGCAAAGUAACUUUCAGAUGGCUGAACCCUAUAUUCCACAGGGGUAGGGUUCAAAAACUUGAGCUUGGUCACAUUCCUUCUGUUCCUCUUCCUGAGACAGCAGAAAGUGCUUGUUCUGUGUUGCAAGAAUCACUUCGCAAACAGAAACUUGAAGGGGCUUCAUUGACAAAAGCUAUUUUCCAUUCUGUGUGGAAGCCAUUGGCAUUUAAUGCAGUUUUAGCAGGUGUGAACACUAUUGCCUCUUAUAUUGGUCCAUUGUUGAUUUCAAGCUUUGUGAAUUUUUUACUGGAGAAUGAUGAUAGUUCAAGUAUCCAAUAUGGGAUGGUUCUAGCAUUCAUUUUCUUCCUCUCUAAGACGGUGGAGUCAUUGAGUCAAAGACAAUGGUACUUUGGGGCUCAACGAAUUGGAAUUCGGGUGCGUUCAGCUCUUAUGACUCUAGUUUAUAGCAAGUCUCUAUUGAUGAAAUGUGCUGGACCAACACAUGGCAAGAUCAUUAACUUGAUCAAUGUGGAUGUUGAAAGAAUUGGGGACUUUUGUUGGUACAUUCAUGGGAUUUGGUUGCUUCCAGUUCAGGUUAUUUUGGCCUUAGUCAUCUUGUACAUAAAUCUUGGUUCUACCGCUUCCUUUGCUGCAUUUGCUGUCACGAUUUUUGUCAUGGUGUGCAACACACCUUUGGCCAAUAAGCAAGAAAAUUUGCACUCUAAAAUCAUGGAAGCUAAGGACUCAAGAAUAAAAGUGACUUCUGAGACCAUGAAGAACAUCAGAAUCUUGAAAAUGCAUUCAUGGGAAUGUAGUUUCUUGCAGAAAAUCCUCCAACUUAGGGAUAAUGAGAGGAGGUGGUUGCAGAGAUACCUCUACACAUGCUCAGCAAUUGCUACUCUAUUCUGGGCAUCUCCAACUUUGGUUUCUGUUGUCACUUUUGGGGCUUGUAUCCUAGUGAAGACAGAGCUAACUGCUGCUAAAGUCCUCUCAGCGUUGGCCACAUUUCGUAUUUUACAAGAACCAAUCUACAACUUACCUGAGCUCAUUUCCAUGAUAACACAAACAAGAGUCUCGGUUGAUCGAAUCCAGGAAUUUGUGAAGGAAGAUGAUCAAAACCAAUUCAUGAAUAGGGAUCCUCCAAAAACUUCAGGAUUUGCUAUUGAAAUCAACCCAGGCGAAUAUUCAUGGGAGACAAAUAAUCAAACCUUCAAGAAACCGACCAUUCAGAUUAUAGAAAAAUUAAUGAUAAAGAAAGGAAAGAAGGUAGCAGUUUGUGGGUCGGUAGGAUCGGGCAAAUCAAGUUUGCUAUGUUGUAUGCUUGGGGAGGUUCCAUUAGUCUCUGGGGCCUUAACCAACAUCUAUGGGAGUAAAAGUUAUGUAGCCCAAAGUGCCUGGAUACAAUCUGGAACUAUAAGGAAGAAUAUAUUGUUUGGAAAGAAAAUGAAUAGAGACUUUUAUGAGAAUGUUUUGGAGUGUUGUGCUUUGCACCAGGAUAUCAACUUAUGGAGUGAUGGAGAUUUGACUCUGGUGGAGGAGAGGGGUAUAAACUUAAGUGGAGGGCAAAAACAGCGAAUUCAACUAGCAAGGGCAGUUUACAAUGAUUCAGACAUUUAUUUUCUUGAUGAUCCUUUUAGUGCGGUCGAUGCACAUACCGCGACUCAUUUGUUUAAGAAAUGUCUUUUGGAGCUAUUAUAUGAUAAAACAGUUGUGUAUGCUACCCAUCAGCUGGAAUUCUUGGAAGCUGCAGAUCUUAUUAUAGUAUUGAAAGAUGGGAAAAUAGUUGAGUCAGGAGGAUACAAUGAUCUCAUAGCACGCCCCAAUUGUGAACUUGUUCGACAAAUGGCUGCUCAUGAAGAAGCAGUAAACCAUAUAAAUCCAUGCCAAGAAGAUGAUUCUGUUGGCUCCAGACCCUGCCAAAAAAAUCAAAUUGAAGCUGUGGAAGAAAAUAUUCAAGAGACUAUCAUGGAUUGGAAGAGAACCAAAGAAGAGGAAGCAAUGACGGGUCGAGUGAAAUGGAGUGUUUACUCAACCUUUGUCACUUCCGCUUAUAGAGGAGCACUAGUGCCGAUCAUUCUCCUUUGUCAAGUUCUCUUUCAAGUAUUGCAAAUGGGAAGCAAUUAUUGGAUUUCUUGGGCAACAGAGGAGCGGGGCAGGGUGAGUAAUGGGGAGCUUAUGGGAACAUUUAUUCUUCUGUCUGGUGGCAGCUCCAUCUUCAUACUAGGAAGGACUGUUUUAAUGGCAACAGUUGCCGUCGAGACUGCUCAGCGUCUUUUUCAUGGAAUGAUCUCAUCACUUUUCAGGGCACCUGUGUCAUUUUUUGACGCCACACCUUCAAGCAGGAUUAUGAGCAGGUCAUCAACGGAUCAAAGUACUGUAGAUACUGACAUACCAUUCAGAUUAGCUGGACUAGUAUUUGCACUCAUCCAGUUAUUGAGUAUCAUCAUACUAAUGUCCCAAGCUGCAUGGCAAGUCAUUCUUCUCUUUUUUGUGGUUCUUGCUAUCUCCAUCUGGUAUCAGGCUUAUUAUAUCACUACAGCAAGGGAAUUAGCCAGGAUGGUAGGGAUUCGAAAGGCACCAAUCUUGCAUCACUUCUCUGAAUCAAUUGCUGGGGCUGCUACGAUCCGUUGUUUCAAUCAAGAGCAAAUAUUUUUAACCAAAAAAAUGGCUCUAAUUGAUGAUUAUUCUCGGGUAGCCUUUCACAAUUAUGCCACCAUGGAAUGGUUAUCAGUCCGAAUCAACUUUCUCUUCAAUUUGGUCUUCUAUUUUGUUCUUGUCAUCUUGGUCACUCUACCGAAGUCUGCCAUUGACCCCAGCUUGGCAGGGCUAGUUGCUACUUAUGGUUUGAACUUGAACGUGCUUCAGGCUUGGGUGAUUUGGAAUCUUUGCAAUGUUGAAAACAAAAUGAUAUCUGUUGAGAGAGUAUUGCAAUUCUCUAACAUACCAAGUGAAGCACCAUUAAUUAUUGAAGAUUGUAGGCCUGAACCAGAGUGGCCUGGGGAUGGAAAAAUUGAACUCCAUAACCUUCAUGUACAGUAUGAUCCUGCUGCUCCUAUGGUUCUCAAAGGUGUAACUUGCGUCUUCCCAGGACGAAAGAAAAUUGGAGUUGUAGGCAGGACAGGGAGUGGAAAAUCUACUCUGGUGCAAGCCCUAUUUCGAGUGGUGGAGCCUUUGGAAGGGUGCAUACUCAUUGAUGGUGUAGAUAUUUCCAAGAUUGGUCUGCAAGAUUUAAGAUCUAAGCUUGGCAUAAUUCCUCAGGAUCCGACCUUGUUUCUAGGUACCGUAAGGACGAACUUGGAUCCUCUGGAACAACAUACAGAUCAAGAACUUUGGGAGGUUCUAAGCAAAUGCCAUCUUGCCGAAAUAGUAAAGCAAGAUCCAAGGCUUCUUCAUGCACCAGUGGCUGAAAAUGGAGAAAAUUGGAGUGUCGGACAAAGACAGCUAGUUUGCCUUGCUAGGUUGCUACUGAAGAAAAGAAAAAUUUUGGUGCUUGAUGAGGCAACUGCAUCGAUAGACACUGCAACUGAUAAUUUAAUUCAGAAGACUAUCAGGGAAGAAACAAGCGGAUGCACUGUCAUUACUGUGGCACACAGAAUUCCUACAGUCAUUGAUAAUGAUUUGGUGUUGGUCCUUGAUGAAGGGACAAUUGCUGAGUAUGAUCAACCAUCUCAAUUGUUACUGAACAAUUCUUCUUCAUUCUCGAAGUUGGUUUCAGAAUUUGUGAGGAGAUCAUCCCAAAGUAACUGCCACAAAGGAUAACGAAUGAGAACAAACACAAUUCAUUAUUUCAAUGCUGAGGAGAAUGAUUUCUGACAAUGGAAAGCAGCUCAACAAGUCCUGAGACAUUUACAACCUAACGAUGAAAGUCAAUAUAUAUUGGGGCAUGUUAUGAUCCAGGUGUAACUCUUAAGCUGGCCAAGUUACACAUACCAAUGAAGGUUUUUAUGUGGCUGGCGGAGAGCAGUGUGUGGACGGGGUAUUUGUAAAAGACUCUUCGAUUUUAAGUUAGUGGAAGAACCAACAGAAUGAGACUAAGGUGAACAGUGAUAUGCUGUUGUUACUUUCUUUGUAUUUGCUGUCCAUCAUUAACCAAGACCUGGAUGCAGAUAUUACUUUUCACAGAGGCAUUUCUCCUGGUAUCAUCUGUUUAUGAUCAAUCUAGAAUGCAAGAAAUUUGAGGAAAUUCUAAUGAGCUGAUUUGUAACUGUGAGGAGCUGAUCUGUUCAAUUUGCAAAGGUUACUGAUUCAGAGAAUUCUCAGUGACUGAUCUGCUAUGCUCCAGAUUCAUGAGGCCCAUUCCAGAGCUAGUUGGAUAAGUUGGUAUCAAUAGAAGAAAACCUCUAAGAUGGAAUAUUAUGUUGUAGGUGGUAGGUGAAAUAAUAAAGUAUUAUGUCCAAUUUUGAGAAAAAGGUGAAAGUUACCUUGUUAGAGUUUUUCUAUGAAAUGUAUCAAACUUGCACCAGGCUAUUCAAUCUGAUUCUUUAUUGUGCCCAACUCAAACUCUGUUUAGUUGAUGCAGAGUUAAGGACCAAUUACUCUUUUC